AUGUCUUUUUCACCUUCACUACUACAUGAAGCUCCGGUUGAAGAAGAAGAGCUCUAUUCUAGCUGGGCUUUAUUGAUCCAAACUGUUUUGUUAAUUCUUGCAUUAUGGGCAAGUUAUUAUUUACAAAUAAAACAAAUUCGUUCUAUCCAUGAGACGGUUUUAUCAGUAUUUGCCGGAAUGUUUGUUGGAUUAAUUAUUCGACUUUCUCCUGGCUACAUAAUCCAAGCGAUGGUCUCCUUCAAAUACUCUUAUUUCUUUAAUCUUCUAUUGCCUCCGAUCAUUUUAAAUUCGGGAUAUGAAAUGAAAAAGGAGAAAUUUUUCAAAAAUUUGGGGGCCAUCUUAACCUUUGCACUUCUAGGUACUUUUAUCUCCGCCGUUGUAAUAGGCAUUUUAACGGCGAUAUUAGCUUUGACCGGGAUAGAUUCUUUAUCUCUUAGCUUGCUUGAUUCCAUGAUUUUUGGCUCAGUACUCUCAGCAACUGAUCCUGUGACUGUACUUACAAUAUUUCAAACUUUGAAAGUUGAUCCGCAGUUGUAUGCGAUCAUUUUUGGUGAAAGUAUAUUGAACGAUGCUACGGCUAUCGUACUUUAUGAAACUCUGAAACAAUACCGUGGUGAAGAUUUUCAUUUGGCAAACAUUUCUCACGGUGUUCUUUCUUUUUUCGUCAACUUUGGAGCCUCCUUAUUCUUUGGCGUUCUAUUUGGAUAUUCAAAAUUAUACAAGUUUCCACCAAUUGAAUCAUGUAUCGUCGCAUUGAUGGCAUAUGCUUCAUACUUGUUCUCUAAUGGCUGUCAUUUGUCUGGAAUCGUGUCUCUUCUAUUCUGUGGUAUUACGCUUAAGCACUACGCGUAUGAUAAUAUGUCUUUAAUGACCAAACGAACUACAAAAUAUAUGUUUCGCGUUUUGGCCCAAUUAUCGGAAAAUUUCAUAUUUAUCUAUCUUGGAUUAACUUUAUUUACUAAACCGACUCUUGAUUUCAAGCCAUUCUUUAUAUUUUUCACUGCGAUCUUUAUAUGCGUAUCUCGAUACUGUGCCGUGUUUCCACUUUCAAAUUUGUUAAAUGCUAUUGCGCGUUAUCGUAAACGGUCAGAAAUACUUCCAAGUAAACAUUCUAUAAUGCUCUUUUGGAGUGACAUUAAUUAUUCCUCUUUUAAAGGUUUACGGGGUGCUGUGGCGUUUGCAUUAGCAUCUGGUCUCAAAGGACCCAAUGCUAACGCUAUGAGCACAACUAUUUUAGUAGUAGUGGUACUUAGUGUUAUCGUAUUUGGUGGUACAACAAGUAGAAUGUUAGAAAUUCUUAAAAUAGAGACAGGAGUGGACGAAGGAGAAAUUGAUAGUGAUGAUGAAGGUUAUAGUGAAUAUAAUGAUUAUAAUCACGUACUAACGAACUCACAAGGAUCAAUUGCAUCAUCUGAUACUGAAAAUAUUAAUAAUUCUAAUGCUCAUUGGUUUAUAUCAUUUGAUGAUAAAUAUCUUAAACCAUUAUUUACGCGUGAGCGUGAUCAAGAUACAAAGCCUGAAGAUAGGUGGCAUCAUGAAAGAAGAAAUAAUGAUGAAAUCGUUGGUUUAAGGAUCGAAGUACAAAAACAUCCAAGUUAG